AUGUCAACCAAAACUAAUACUUAUCCGCCUCCAUACGAUGCAACUGUGCUGCAAAUUCCAAGCAUGGCAGCAACAAGUUCGCCGGGGUCGACUGUGUAUAUUCAAGAUCCGCGGACGGGUCAUUUGACUCCGGCGUUUAUUCCAAGCGGAAAUGAACAUGCGUAUACAAAUACGAGCGGAAAUUACACUACGGGGAACGAUAGCUUUCAAUAUGUUCCAGCUGGUAACCAAACCAGAAUACCCAAUCCAGCUUACGUCCGACCAGACAGCACAAUUACAGCGUCUCCGCCGAACGUGAUUGGUGAUUACGUCGGAGGCUUUAAUUUGGUGUAUAGUGUUGCUUAUUCUCUUUCCGCUGUUGUUCUGGAUUCCUCUUGUGUGGGGGCGUGCGAAUGUCAGACUAUGUUGUGUUUGUAA